GUUAUCUUGCUCCCCUCUUUCCUGUAGGAAGGGUCACCUUCAGGGUAACCGUCUCUUUAGUAACCAGACCCACCCACCUUUUGGCUUGGUGUUGGAAUACUGUGUCCUGGAAACACGCUUUUUCUGGAUUCUGCGCUCGGAGCACUCAUGAGUGUUGAAUCACCUGUGAAAUGUGCACAGGAAAAGCCGCCAAGGGGCUUUAGAGGGUGUCAUCGCUGGCAUAAAGUGCAUCACUACUUCAUCUUCAGUGGAAGCUUUGAAAGUGCAGUCAUCACAUCCCUCUACACAGUCCAACCUGGAGGUCUGGUGACAAUGAUCAUGCGUGCUAACCUCGAGGGUAUGAAUUGCCCAACAUGCCAGGAAGAAUUAUCUGGACUCCAACAGCGCAGUGCCACUCUUGGUUAGUUCAAGCUGUAAAUCCUCUCCAUUAAUAUCGACGUAAUGAAGGUUAGUUAACAAAGAGUAGCUCACAGCACUGUAGGCCCGUAGGCUGCCGUCACAAUGAAAUUUCUGAUAAAUUAGAUCAAAGCCCAUCCCCAAUUUGUUUGCACACCACAUACAGUCAAUAAUGAAGAACGGGCUGAUGAUGCUAAA